AUGAAGUUCUCAGCUAUCACUCUUCUUGCUUGCGCAGCCAUUGCACAAUCUGCCGCUCUCCCAGAGACAGUUACAACUUCAGCCGAUGCCCCAAUUUCCACCGCUCUCAACAGUGUUAUUCCUGAUUUUAUCGAAUUCGACUUUAGUGGAAAAUUUGAUGCUUCCGGAUCAUUGGUUGCACAGGUGGAUGAUGAACCCACACAAGCUCUUCAAAAGCGUGUUGGAGCACUUGUAAAAGUGAUUGGAAUGGCUACUAUAAAGGGUAUUCAGCUUUUGACCGAGAUGGCUAUUGAGCAUGGUGGCGACACUAUUAAAAACCUUGGAGAGUGGAACCAAGCCCGUGAGGAAUUCUCAAAAGCAACCACUGCCGACAUGUGGGCUAGAAACCCAGAUUACAGGAGAUACCCCGCUGUUAUCUGCUACAACAAGGGAUAUAGUGUCAAGAACCCUGCUGGAAUUGUCGGAAAAGUCAGUGCCAAGCUUUCUCUUGGUUUUCUCAAUACAGAUUAUGACUGCAUGUAUAUGACUGGAAACAACCAAUUCUAUACUCAUGCUGAAGGUGGAUACAUCAAUCUUUCCUACAAAUACAACAACCGCUGUAGUCAUGACAGAAAUACUGGCGAUUUGACCUGCAACUAG